AUGGUGCAUUUUACCGGUGAGGAGAAGACUGCUGUCACUAAUGUGUGGAGCAAAGUAAAUGUGGAAGAGGCUGGAGGCGAAGUGCUGGGCAGGCUCUUGGUCGUCUACCCCUGGACCCAGAGGUUCUUUGACAACUUUGGCAACCUGUCCUCUUCUUCUGCCAUAAUGGGCAACCCCAAGGUCAAAGCUCAUGGCAAGAAGGUGUUGACUUCCUUUGGAGAUGCUAUUAAGAACAUGGACAACCUCAAGAGUGCUUUUGCUAAGCUGAGUGAGCUGCAUUGCGACAAGCUGCAUGUGGAUCCUGAGAAUUUCAGGCUCCUGGGCAAUGUGAUGGUGAUUAUUCUGGCUUCUCAGUUUGGCAAAGAAUUCACCCCUGAUGUGCAGGCUGCUUGGCAGAAGCUGGUGGCUGGUGUUGCCAAUGCCAUGGCCCACAAGUACCACUGA